AAGGGGGCAGACUCCACCCUGCUUGAUACAUUUGGUGAUAGUUUACUUCACCUUGCCUGUCAGGGAGGGAACAUGUCUUUGGUUGAACAUCUGGUGUCAGAUUCUAAUAUCAACCUGAAGGGUGGCAAUGGAAGGACACCACUAAUGGCUGCAGCUUUCAAAGGACACAAAAGCGUGUUUGACCUUCUUGAAUCAAAGGGGGCAGACUCCACCCUGCUUGAUACAUUUGGUGAUAGUUUACUUCACCUUGCCUGUCAGGGAGGUAACAUGUCUUUGGUAGAACAUCUGGUGUCAGAUUCUAAUAUCAACCUCAGAAACGGGUAUGGAAGGACACCACUAAUGGCUGCAGCUUUCAAAGGACACAAAAGCGUGUUUGACCUUCUUGAAUCAAAGGGGGCAGACUCCACCCUGCUUGAUACAUUUGGUGAUAGUUUACUUCACCUUGCCUGUCAGGGAGGUAACAUGUCUUUGGUAGAACAUCUGGUGUCAGAUUCUAAUAUCAACCUCAAGAGCGAUAAUGGAUGGACACCACUAAUGGCUGCAGCUGUCAAAGGACACAAAAGCGUGUUUGACUUCCUUGAAUCAAAGGGGGCAGAUUCCACGCUGCUUGAUACAUUUGGUGAUAGUUUACUUCACCUUGCCUGUCAGGGAGGGAAAGUGGCUCUGGUUGAACAUCUGGUGUCAGAUUCUAAUAUCAACCUCAGAGGCAGUAAUGGAUGGACACCAAUAAUGGCUGCAGCUCUCUAUGGACACAAAAACGUGUUUGACUUCCUGGACUCAAAGGGGGCAGACUCCACCCUGCUUGAUACAUUUGGUGAUAGUUUACUUCACCUUGCCUGUCAGGGAGGUAACAUGUCUUUGGUAGAACAUCUGGUGUCAGAUUCUAAUAUCUCCACCCUGCUUGAUACAUUUGGUGAUAGUUUACUUUACCUUGCCUGUCAGGGAGGUAACAUGUCUUUGGUAGAACAUCUGGUGUCUGAUUCUAAUAUCAACCUCAAGAGCGAUAAUGGAUGGACACCACUAAUGGCUGCAGCUCUCUAUGGACACAAAAACAUGUUUGACUUCCUGGAAUCAAAGGGGGCAGACUCCACGCUGCUUGAUACAUUUGGUGAUAGUUUACUUUACCUUGCCUGUCAGGGAGGUAACAUGGGGGCAGAUUCCACGCUGCUUGACACAUUUGGUGAUAGUUUACUCCACCUUGCCUGUCAGGGAGGUAACAUGUCUUUGGUAGAACAUCUGGUGUCAGAUUCUAAUAUCAACCUCAAGAGCGAUAAUGGAAGGACACCACUAAUGGCUGCAGCUUUCAAAGGACACAAAAGCGUGUUUGACCUUCUUGAAUCAAAGGGGGCAGAUUCCACACUGCUUGAUACAUUUGGUAAUAGUUUACUUCACCUUGCCUGUCAGGGAGGGAAAGUGGCUCUGGUUGAACAUCUGGUGUCAGAUUCUAAUAUCAACCUCAGAGGCAGUAAUGGAUGGACACCACUAAUGGCUGCAGCUGUCAAAGGACACAAAAGCGUGUUUGACCUUCUUGAAUCUAAGGGGGCAGAUUCCACGCUGCUUGAUACAUUUGGUGACAGUUUACUUUACUUUGCCUGUCAGGGAGGUAACAUGUCUUUGGUAGAACAUCUGGUGUCAGAUUCUAAUAUCAACCUCAAGAGCGAUAAUGGAUGGACACCACUAAUGGCUGCAGCUCUCUAUGGACACAAAAACGUGUUUGACCUCCUUGAAUCAAAGGGGGCAGACUCCACGCUGCUUGAUACAUUUGGUGAUAGUUUACUUUACCUUGCCUGUGAGGGAGGUAACAUGUCUUUGGUAGAACAUCUGGUGUCAGAUUCUAAUAUCAACCUCAAGAGCGGUAAUGGAUGGACACCACUAAUGGCUGCAGCUGUCAAAGGACACAAAAACGUGUUUGACUUCCUUGAAUCAAAGGGGGCAGACUCCACCCUGCUUGAUACAUUUGGUGAUAGUUUACUUCACCUUGCCUGUCAGGGAGGCAACGUUGCUUUGGUUGAACAUUUGGUGUCAGAUUCUAAUAUCAACCUGAAGGGUGGCAAUGGAAGGACACCACUAAUGGCUGCAGCUUUCAAAGGACACAAAAGCGUGUUUGACCUCCUUGAAUCAAAGGGGGCAGACUCCACCCUGCUUGAUACAUUUGGUGAUAGUUUAUUCCACCUUGCCUGUCAGGGAGGUAACAUGUCUUUGGUAGAACAUCUGGUGUCAGAUUCUAAUAUCAACCUCAAGAGCGAUAAUGGAUGGACACCAAUAAUGGCUGCAGCUGUCAAUGGACACAAAAAUGUGUUUGACUUCCUGGAAUCAAAGGGGGCAGAUUCCACGCUGCUUGAUAUAUUUGCACUAAUGGCUGCAGCUUUCAAAGGACACAAUAACGUGUUUGACUUCCUGGAAUCAAAGGGGGCAGAUUCCACGCUGCUUGAUACAUUUGGUGAUAGUUUACUUCACCUUGCCUGUGAGGGAGGGAAAGUGGCUCUGGUUGAACAUCUGGUGUCUGAUUCUAAUAUCAACCUCAGAGGCAGUAAUGGAUGGACACCAAUAAUGGCUUCAGCUCCCUAUGGACACAAAAACGUGUUUGACUUCCUGGAAUCAAAGGGGGCAGACUCCACCCUGCUUGAUAUAUUUGGCAAUAGUCUACUUCAUUUUGCCAGUCAGGGAGGUAACAUGUCUUUGGUAGAACAUCUGGUGUCAGAUUCUUUUACUUUACCUUGCCACCUUGCCUGUCAGGGAAGUAACAUGUCUUUGGUAGAACAUCUGGUGUCAGAUUCUAUUAUUAACCUCAAGAGCGGUAAUGGAUUGACACCAAUAAUGGCUGCAGCUCUCUAUGGACACAAAAACGUGUUUGACUUCCUUGAAUCAAAGGGGGCAGACUCCACGCUGCUUGAUACAUUUGGUGAUAGUUUACUUUACCUUGCCUGUCAGGGAGGUAACAUGUCUUUGGUAGAACAUCUGGUGUCAGAUUCUAAUAUCAACCUCAAGAGCGGUAAUGGAUGGACACCACUAAUGGCUGCAGCUGUCAAUGGACACAAAAACGUAUUUGACUUCCUUGAAUCAAAGGGGGCAGACUCCACGCUGCUUGAUACAUUUGGUGAUAGUUUACUUCACCUUGCCUGUGAGGGAGGGAAAGUGGCUCUGGUUGAACAUCUGGUGUCUGAUUCUAAUAUCAACCUCAGAGGCAGUAAUGGAUGGACACCAAUAAUGGCUUCAGCUCCCUAUGGACACAAAAACGUGUUUGACUUCCUGGAAUCAAAGGGGGCAGACUCCACCCUGCUUGAUAUAUUUGGCAAUAGUCUACUUCAUUUUGCCUGUCAGGGAGGUAACAUGUCUUUGGUAGAACAUCUGGUGUCAGAUUCUAAUAUCAACCUCAAGAGCAAUAAUGGAUGGACACCAAUAAUGGCUGCAUCUGUCAAUGGACACAAAAAUGUGUUUGACUUCCUGGAAUCAAAGGGGGCAGACUCCACGCUGCUUGAUACAUUUGGUGAUAGUUUACUUCACCUCCCCAGGGAGGGAAAGUGGCUCUGGUUGAAUAUCUGGUGUCUGAUUCUAAUAUCAACCUCAGAGUUUACUUUACCUUGCCACCUUGCCUGUCAGGGAAGUAACAUGUCUUUGGUAGAACAUCUGGUGUCAGAUUCUAUUAUUAACCUCAAGAGCGGUAAUGGAUUGACACCAAUAAUGGCUGCAGCUCUCUAUGGACACAAAAACGUGUUUGACUUCCUUGAAUCAAAGGGGGCAGACUCCACGCUGCUUGAUACAUUUGGUGAUAGUUUACUUUACCUUGCCUGUCAGGGAGGUAACAUGUCUUUGGUAGAACAUCUGGUGUCAGAUUCUAAUAUCAACCUCAAGAGCGGUAAUGGAUGGACACCACUAAUGGCUGCAGCUGUCAAUGGACACAAAAACGUAUUUGACUUCCUUGAAUCAAAGGGGGCAGACUCCACGCUGCUUGAUACAUUUGGUGAUAGUUUACUUCACCUUGCCUGUGAGGGAGGAAAAUGGCUCUGGUUGAACAUCUGGUGUCUGAUUCUAAUAUCAACCUGAGAGGCAGUAAUGGAUGGACACCAAUAAUGGCUGCAGCUCUCUAUGGACACAAAAA